AUGUCAGCCUCAACAUUGAGAAACUCCCUCGCCAGACGUAAUCACAAAGAACGAGCUCAACCACUUCAUCGUACUCGUCUUGGUCUUCUUGAAAAACAUAAAGAUUAUGUUCAUCGAGCUAGAGACUAUAGGUCUAAACAAGAUCGUAUACGUAAACUCCGAGAGAAAGCAGCUUUUAGAAAUAAAGAUGAGUUUUACUGGGGUAUGGUCAAAGGUAAGACUGUGGAAGGUGUUGCCGUAGGUGAUAGAGGAAAUAAAGCCUUGGAUGCGGAUUUGGUGAAGAUUUUGAAAACGCAGGAUAUGGGGUAUGUGAGAGUACAGAUCGCACAGGAUGAAAAGAAAAUCUCCAAAUUGAGAAGGGAAUUAGAGGUGAUCACCCCUCCCGGUGGAUCAGAUUCAGAUUGGGAUGCUGCUGCCGAGUUGGCGGAAGUUGAGAAACUCGCGGAGAUGGGAAUCGUCAUAAAGGCUCGAGAAGACGGAGGAGAGAGGAAAAGAAAAGGAAAGGGAAAGGAUUUACCUUCGGGUCACGUCGUCUUUGCUGAGAGACAAGAGGAAUUUGAUUCGUACAAUCCCAACCACUCACAACCAAAAUCCCCUGUACUUGAAGAAGAACUCGCAGAAGACUUAGGGUGGAUCGAGACCGUUGAUACUUCGAAUAAGACAAAGAAAACUUCUGUUUCACAUCCCGUUCCAAGCGAAGAAUUGGAAGAAGAUGCCAGAGAACAUCGUCUAUCACUUCUUAUAUCCCUCUCCGCAUUGCUCAGACGAGUACGUCUUCUUCGUCAAGCCGAAUCUCGACUGCACAUCACCAAAGCUCUCAUGGGGAAAGGGGCUUCGAGGAAAGUACGUGAAGCUCAAUGGGUUGAAGAUGAUACACAACCUGAAGAUCGGAAUGGGGAACGGAAAAGAUGGGAGGGAAAAAUGUGGAAGUGGAAAGCGGAGAGACGGCGAUGA